AUGGUGGCGAUUGAUCUUACAGAACAAAUGAUCCUGUUCGAUCGUUGUCUGGAGUCAGUCGUGGACACAGCUCAGAAGUUCCAGCAACGAAAGGAAAACGGAAUAACCUAUGCUGCCUAUUUUCUAAUUGGAUCAUUCUGCUCUGAUGGGGAUUUACACAUCGCCCACAUGGCGAUGUGUCCACUGCCAACAUCCGCAACUGAUGCUUCUGGUGAUGCUUUGAGUAAAACACUAGAUGACGAAUGGAUUGCUGACAAUGCAGAAAAGGUGACAAGAAUCCUACCUGGUGGAAUUCAUAUUGUUGGACUGGCAUGGUUCUCUGACCGAGGAACUUAUAAUCUUCAAAAAGCAAUGCUGACGCGAGCGUUAGCUCGAGUUCAGCGGACUACGAAUUUGCUUACCACCUUGAGCAUCAGCUCUGUUUCUGAUCAAAUGGCUUUGGUGUUUGUUGAGCCGCCAUCUGGUAAGCCAACAGGUUUAAUUGUCGAUGUUGUUCGUCGUGGUCCAGAUUCUCCAACGAAGGUGUCAUUUUCUGCGUUGGACUGGGUAUCAGUGGUCUCAAAUGCUUCUGCAAGAAUUUGUUUAAACGUGCCAACGCGGCAAAAGCAGUCUCAUUUCUUCACGGAAUUCGUAGCCGCAAUACGACCCUUCGCGGAGAAUCUUUUGAAUUGUCCAUUGGUAUUAGUCAAUGGAGAAAUGCGAGAUGACUCGGAGCAACUUUUCAAGGAUGUGAAAAAGAGAAAAAUGGAUUCUAUAGAAGUGCAAAUGUUUGUCGACACCUGCGAGAACAAAGAGAAUACUUGUGAAUCGCAGUCGGCUACUAAUUUGCACGAGGUGUCUUUCGAUAUAGAGAUUCGAGCAGCAGUGCCAGCUAAGUCAAAUGUUGGCUCAGCCAUUAGCGCAGUUAAACAUCACCUUAUCAGGAAUUUGACUGCAAGAGCGGAGUUGCAAUACGAAUCAAUGGAUGUAGUCGAAGAAGUCGGUGCUGCUCCAUGUUCUGUGCAUCAAAUGCCUCGUCCUGCAACCACUGUCCUUCACACGCACCCAGCCAUCUUGUUAUCAGAUUAUUUGUUCGAGGCUGAUACCGUUGAAGACGCACAAAAGAAUUUUGAUGAAUUGCUAGGACUCAAAACCAGCAUAGAACACAUUGACGAAGGCUGGGAGCGAAGUUUGGAGAUAGAAGAGAUGGAGACGGUACGUGCUCCACUUGAUGACACACCUAUCGCCAAUUUCAGAUCGAAAGAGGAUGAUAUUGGCUCGAUAUGUACCCUUCUGAUAGCUCUUUCAGUUAUUGUUGCGGUAGUAGGUGUUGUUGUUUAUUUUGUAAUGGGGAAGUAA